UCCUCUCCUCUCUCAUUCUAGAACAUUGCUUUCUCGGUUUCCUGUUGGCGAUUGUGAGCCCGAGCGGAUGUGGGUGGCUCUCCCAGGUGUGCCCGUGAGCUCGCCGAUACAGUCACACACACCUGAGCUAAUCAUGUGAUCCCUCACCUCUGGGGUGGAGUAGAGAAACAGAAAAUAAGUCUUUUGCAUUCUUUUUUUUGUAAGCAUCGCCCCAAAUCGUGGUUUCUAGAGCGAUGUUAUGCUGAGCAGUUUCAAAGGGAUUUGAUCCGUAUUUUAUUUUGCUAUACGAAAGCGUAACAUGUAAACUUUCUUCCUGGAUUCGUUUUUCUCUUUCUUGAGUUUCAUCCAGGGGACCGCGGAUUAGCUAACUUCUAAACUUCCCAGAAAUGGCAGCCUGGCCCCUGACUCUCUGUCUGCUGCUGUGUCUCUGUUCUGGCAGCCUGGUGUCAAACUCAUACAGGCACUUCUACAGCAACACCGAAAUCAACAACGUGGUGCAGGAUCCUGGGACUGGCCGGGUGUACGUGGGUGCUGUCAACACCAUCUACCAGUUAGACGAAAUGCUGCAAAAGCAGGACAGCAUAGAAACGGGCCCCAAAAAAGAUAACAAGUUGUGCACACCUCCCAAAUUUAGCGGGUGUGUAACCAAGCUGACAAACAACAGUAACAAGCUGCUGCUGGUGAAUCGGGCCAACGGCACCCUGGUGGUGUGCGGGAGCCUCUUCAGAGGAAUCUGCUCCUUGUUGUCCCUGGAGAAUGUCUCGAAGGUGGAGUACUACAGUGACUCCAAGGGAGAGAAGACCUAUGUGGUCAGCACUGAGGACAAGGUGUCAGUGGUGGGAGUGUUGACUGUUGUGCAGAGACACGGCAGGAACACAAGUGUAUUUCUUGUGGGGAAGGGGUACGGCCCCUCCGAUACCACCAAGCUCAUCACCACACGGCUGCUUCAGGAGUCCGAGGGGGUGGACUUAUUCGAAAGCUAUGACGAGUCCUCGGUCUGGCAGGUCAACGCUUACACCAACCUGUUCCGGCACAUCUUCCGCUUGGCCUUCCAGCAUAAAAAUUUUACCUACUUCCUCUUCUCCCGCACAAACACCAAGAACGAAAUGGGGAAUUACACCUUCAUCUCCCGGGUGUGCCAGACAGACACCCACUACUACUCCUACAUGGAGCUCCAGCUGAACUGCAGCCAAGGCGGGGGGCAGCAGUACAGCAAGGUGCAGGCAGCGUUCGUUGCCUUCCCUGGGGAGCGCCUGGCGAGGAGUAUGGAUGUGUCGGGGCGUUACGGGAGGGUGACGGCCGAGGACAAGGUGCUGUUCGUGGUGUUCGGUACAGACAGUCAGACUGAUCAGAGCCAAGCCUCGGCCCUCUGUAUGUACUCUCUGAAGGAGAUCAACAAGAGACUGAAAGAAAUCCAGGAUGCUUGUUACAGUGGGGCUGGGAACAUUGAUGAGAAGCAGGCUGUCUACACACCAUACUCUAUUUCAAACGGGGUCUGGCCAAAAAACUGUGAACAGAAGACACCAGGUGACCAUCCGUGUGGAGCAGACUUUCUUCCCUCUCCCCUUGCGAGCACGCCUGAUUUUGGGAUUUCGGCUGAGGCAGUCAUAACCUAUGAGGAGCACCUGAGUGCAGUGGCUGUGGUAGUGGAGAAUGAGCACACCAUCGCCUUCCUGGGAACAGACAGAGGCUGGAUCUACAAGGUGCAUCUCAGUGGCUCGGCUGAACAGUAUGACAAGAAGACGGUGGGGAACACCAGGGUGAACAAAAACCUAUUUUUUGAUGCAGGUCAGGAUCACAUUUACGUCACGACCGAGAAGGAGGUAACUCGUGUCCCGGUGCAGGAGUGCCACUGGAGAAGUAGCUGCCAGUCCUGUGUGACAGCGAGAGACCCGUACUGUGGCUGGUGUGUGGCUGAGGGAAAGUGCACCAGGAGGUCAGCCUGCCGCAGGGCUGUGGAGGACAACCACUGGAUCUGGAGCCUCAGCCAGGAGUGUGUCCAGAUCACCGGCUACUCUCCAGAGAACAUGAGCCGCAUGCAACCCUCACGGCCAAGGGUCAGUAUGACUUUGGUGCCUUUCCCGAACAUUACAGAGAGCGAUCAGCUGGAGUGUGAUUUCGGAGGCUCUAAGAGUCAGGCUGUGAUUGAACCGGGCAAGUCUAUAACCUGCUCUCCUCCAGAGGUCGUCAAUAUCCCCCAAACACCUGAAUCACAAGAUUUCGUUGCAGUGGAGGUAAAGUUGACCUUUAAGGAUUCCCACGUGGAGCUGGCCGUCGGACAGUACCGCUUCUACGACUGCAGUGCGGCCGCAAAGAUGCUCACGAACACACCGUGUGCCUCGUGUGUGACCAGCAAGUGGCGCUGUCAGUGGAACAUCAAGGAUCACAAGUGCAGCGAAAAUGACGCUGAGACUCAGGACGUGUACGUCAUAAAGCACGCACAGCCAAUGAGCUGUCCUCGGUUUGAAAGCCCUUCCCAUCCUCUGAUUUCGGUGGGCUUGAGGACCAGCAUUACCUUCACUGGGAGGAAUCUGGAUUUCUAUAAGGGCAAAACGUUCAAGAUGGGCACUGAAUUGAUGGGCUCAACGGAGGUGGAGAUUGUAUUAAAAGAGGAUCAAACCUACGAGUUCCAGGGUUACGAGUUCUCCUACGAUAAAGGGCAGAUGAGGGAUCUCCUGUUCUAUGUGAAAGAAGGCAGUAAUAAGAUAGACAGCAAUCUGAAUGUCACCUUGUAUAACUGUUCGUUCGGACGAGAGGACUGCAGCCUGUGUAAAGCCGCGGACCCGAAGUAUGGCUGCGUCUGGUGCAGUCACCCCAAGUCCUGCCUCUACAGCACAACCUGCCCAAGAGAGGAGGAGCUGUGUCCGAUGCCAAAGAUCCUGGACAUCGUGCCUCAUAACGGUCCACUGGAGGGAGGCAUCUCUCUGACCAUCAAAGGGUCCAACAUGGGAAUCAAGAAGGAGGACAUAUGGAACAUCACUGUGGCAGGCGUCCCCUGCCGACAUGAGGCGGACAGAUACUCUGUGUCCACCAGUGUUAUCUGUGAACUUGAUGCAGUCACUGAAAUGAAACAAGGGAGCGUGAGGGUGAUGAUGGCUGAUGGAAAUACGGGGGACUCUGACGUGGAGUUUGCCUACAGGGAGCCUAAACCCCAGAGCGUGACUCCGAAGAAGGGUCCGCGAGCCGGUGGGACCUGCAUCACAAUCGAAGGAUCUGAUUUGAACAUUGCGACCAGAGAGGACCUGCGCAUUCAGAUAGCGGGAGCCGACUGCACCGUGUUGAAAUUUGACAGUGAAAUUGUGUGCAGGACAGGUAAACUGCCACCUAGUUCAGCGAUUGGGCCCUAUGAUGUGGUGAUGAACUACGGGAAGCACACGACGAGGCGUGUGUCUGGAUUUGAGUUCUGUGAAGACCCGACAGUCACUACAUAUUCCCCUGAUGCCAGCUUUAUGAGUGGGGGGAGACUCAUCUCUGUGACAGGGACUGGAUUUGCAGUGAUACAGAAAGCCUCCAUGAGAGUUGUUGUCAAUCCCGAACCUUCAGUCAGUAACAUCGGCACGGCUCCAACACACAAAGAGACGAUAGAAGUGAUGGCAGAGUUCCAGAACGAGACAGAGCUCCAGUUCCACUCCCCGGUGAUCCCCGAGAUAUUUCAGAACCACGACUUCCACACUGUGAUUGUCCUGGACAAUGUGGAGAAGACCCUGCAGACCUUCAAGUACUACCCAGACCCCACCUUCAACAAGAACGAGAAUGGCAUCAUCCCCUUUGAAAAACACAUAAACAUCAAGGGCGAACGCUUCACCAGUGCAAUGACUAUGCAGGAGGCACAGGCCUACGUAGGAGAUGCAGAGUGCACUAUCGAAGCCUUCCAAGACAACUCGCUGCUCUGUGAACCACCUGCAACUAAACCCCAAGUCCUCUCCAAGAGAUUCAAGAGGGAGGCGGACGCCAGCAUGCCCGAGUUCUUGGUAAAGUUUGGUGCAGGAAGGUGGGUGCUGGGCAAGGUGAAUUACGACUCCUCUACGAACAUGCUGCCCCUGCACAUCAUCUUGCCUGUGGUGCUAAUCCCCAUGGUGGCAAUCAUCGCCAUCUCCGUGUACUGCUACAGGCGGCAGAGCCAGCAGGCAGAGCGGGACUACGAGAAGGUGAGGCAUCAGCUGGAGAACCUGGAGGAGAGUGUGAGGGAUCGCUGCAAGAAAGAGUUCACAGACUUGAUGAUUGAAAUGGAGGACCACACCAGUGAUUUGAACGAGGUGGGGAUUCCCUUCCUGGACUAUAAGACCUACACAGACCGGGUCUUCUUCCUGCCCUCCAAGGAUGGGGUGAACGACGUGAUGAUCACGGGGAAGCUGGACAUCCCCGCGGGCCGCGAGCAGACCGUGAGCCUGGCGCUCAAUCAGUUCUCCAACCUGCUCAACAGCAAGCCCUUCCUUAUCAAUUUCAUUCGCACGCUGGAGAGUCAGCGUGAUUUCAACGCCCGUGCCAAAGUCUACUUUGCCUCCCUGCUCACUGUCGCCCUCCAUGGCAAGCUAGAGUAUUACACUGACAUCAUGAACACCUUGCUGCUGCAGCUCAUGGAUCAGUAUGUGGCCAAGAACCCCAAGCUGAUGCUGCGUCGAUCCGAAACGGUGGUGGAGAGAAUGCUUUGCAACUGGAUGUCCAUCUGCCUGUACCAGUUCCUAAAGGACUCUGCUGGGGAGCCGCUCUACAAGCUGUUCAAGGCCAUCAAGCACCAGGUGGAGAAGGGGCCGGUGGACGGCGUGCUGAAGAAAGCCAAGUACACUCUGAAUGACACCGGACUGCUGGGGGACGACGUGGAGUACUGCACACUGACCCUGCAGGUGCUGGUGCAUGGCGAGGGCCCUGACGUCUGUGCUGUCAAGGUUCUGAACUGCGACACCAUCUCCCAAGUGAAGGAGAAGAUCAUCGACCAGGUCUAUAGGAACACGCCUUACUCACAGAGGCCUAAAGUCGACAGAGUUGUUUUGGAGUGGCGCCCUGGCUCCACGGGGCAGAUCCUGUCUGACUUAGACCUGACAUCACAGAAGGAGGGCCGGUGGAAGCGCAUAAACACCCUUGCACACUAUAACGUCCGAGAUAACGCCACCCUGGUGCUGUCAAAGGUUCUGCACACUCAGCAGCCGGACGAGCUGCACCAAGAUAGCCAGGAGGAGCGAAACGCUCUGCUGGAGGGUGACAACAAGGUGUGGCACCUGGUGCGCUCUGCUGAGGAUGUGGACGAGAGCAAAUCCAAGAGGGGGAGCAUGAAGGACAAGGGCAGUGCCAAAGCCAUCACCGAAAUCUACCUGACCAGGCUGCUCUCCGUCAAGGGAACACUCCAGCAGUUUGUGGAUAACUUCUUCCGCAGUGUUCUGUGCUCGGGUGCAGUCGUGCCUCCCGCUGUGAAGUACUUCUUUGACUUCCUGGACGAGCAGGCGGCGAAACACGACAAUGUGGACGAGGAGACCGUCCACAUCUGGAAAACAAACAGCUUGCCCCUGCGCUUCUGGGUGAACAUCCUGAAGAACCCUCACUUCAUCUUCGACGUGCACGUGCAUGAGAUGGUGGACGCCUCGCUGUCCGUCAUCGCGCAGACCUUCAUGGAUGCCUGCACCAAGAGUGAGCACAAGCUGAGCAGGGAUUCACCAAGUAACAAGUUACUCUAUGCAAAGGAGAUCUCCACAUACAAGAAAAUGGUGGAUGACUACUAUAAAGGUAUCCGACAGAUGGCGCAAGUAAGCGACCAGGACAUGAACACGCAUUUAGCCGAGGUUUCCAGGGCUCACACAGACCAGCUCAACACACAGGUAGCUCUGCAUCAGCUCUACCAGUAUGCCAGCAAGUACUAUGAUGAGAUCAUCAAUUCCCUGGAGGAGGACCCAGCGACUCAGAACAAGCAGCUCACCGUGAGGCUCCAGCAGAUAGCGGCCGCUUUGGAAAACAAAGUGACGGCCCUCUAACCUCUCUGGGGGUGGGGGGUGGGGGGGGGGGCUGUGUCCAGACAUUAAUUAGGGCUUAUUUUAACAGAAAACAAACUCUGGAUUUAAGAAAACUGGCCCUGUGGAUGGAGAUGAAAGGCUGUUGUUUUUAAGCAGUCCAGCUGGUUGCUUUCCUCGUUGCUUUCUGGAUCCUUGCACUAUCUGUUACUGUCUUGGCUGGCUUUGGAGUGAACAGAACCGCACACAGAUUGGUGUUUAAUACCCUGGAGGACUUUGGCUGCCUGAUACAAAUUGUAAUAAGAAUAAUAAGUGUGUGCCUAAAUUGUUUAAAAAAAGAAAAACAGCAACACAGUCUGGGCUCUGCAAAGUCUAACAAUUUUUUUUGUGUGGGUUCGAUGUUAAAAGACUGCACUUUUACAAGCAAUUAGCAUCUGGACUGAAGUUGCAUUGGGUUGUUUGUUGGUUUAUUGUAAACGCAGAGCUGUCCUGUGCUGGACUGAGAGACCCACACAGGGCUGGUUUAUUGUAAACGCAGAGCUGUCCUGUGCUGGACUGAGAGACCCACACAGGGCUGGUUUAUUGUAAACGCAGAGCUGUCCUGUGCUGGACUGAGAGACCCACACAGGGCUGGUUUAUUGUAAACGCAGAGCUGUCCUGUGCUGGACUGAGAGACCCACACAGGGCUGGUUUAUUGUAAACGCAGAGCUGUCCUGUGCUGGACUGAGAGACCCACACAGGGCUGGUUUAUUCUAAGGCUGGUUUCCUCCACAGGGAUGUUACUUUUCUGAUGUGCAGAAUGUUUCAUGAAAUAAGCCCUGCAUUAAUCACAGAGUCAGAUGCUCUUUUAAUCAGUUGUUGAAUUUCUUCCUGUGUAGAAAAAAAAAGAAAUAGUAUUAUAUAUUUUUAUCAUGGGUUUCAUUUCUUUAAUUUGCAGACAUGGACAGUUUUUUUUUUUUUUUUUUAAUUAAGUCUGUGUCCCACACAACACAGCACUGACUGUCCAAGAUGUGAAAGUCUGGUCUUCAGAGCGGUGGAGUCAGACUCCCAGUGAACCACUCUGGACCACUGUGGGUCUUUUAAAUUAUAGAAAGAAUAGAGACGCCCGGUCACAUCAGAACGUAACCCAAGAUGCUGUUCAAUGAAAUGUUCUUCCAAUGAAAUUGAUGAAUCUGUUAUAUAAUUAUUUUGUUUUAUUCUGUUUUAAAAAACUCAUUUUUAAUAGAAUAUGAAGCACAUUCAUUCAGUAAUGCAGUGUGGGUGUAUUUGCACUGGCACUCUGCAAAACACACAAACAUCGGAUCUGGGGCCAUGCAAGAUUUCUUCUUCUUAUAAAGUUUAACAUGCCUUUGUCAAGGGAAAGUGUGUUUGAAAACAAACCCUGGAGGCUUGGUAACUGCACUCCCUCACUACUUGCUCCAUCUAUUGUUUGUGUUUGAGUGUUUAACUUGCCUCUCCUCUGGUGCAAUGCUGCAGACACACGUGUGUGAUGCAGGGUGGACACCAGCAAGGCUUGACUUCUUAUAAGCAUUGACCAGUUUGAACUGAAAAGGAAUGAAAUGUAAUCAAGUUGCUUUUAUUAGAGGAAUGCUGUUCUUGAUUUGAAAUUGUUUUCAAAUGUUUUAUUGUUACUGCAGCGACACUGCAAGCUUCAGCUGUGUUCUAAUAGGUACCUGCUGUUUUAUUACUGGAUAGAGAAAGCAUAGUGCUAAUGUAAGCAUAGUGCUGAGGUCAUGUGGCUUUUCUGUCAAAUUCAAUAAGCAUUGAUGUUAAUUGAAUAUUAACCACUUAAUGUAACGGUACAGAAUCUGUAUAUAUAUUUUUUUUUAAUAAGAAGCCUAUAUUUCACUCAGUUCUCCUUUGUGCUGUCAGUACUGGGGUUUGAUUGUAUUUCUGAUUAGGAACGCUAGUCUGAUCCGCUCAAGCAAUGUUACUUCUGUAUUGCUCAUGUCUUUUGAAUGUGCUUCUCCCUGGUUACACCCACAGUGCAUAUCUGAAAUGCAUAAAGGUCUCAACAGACCUGCUCUACAUGCCUCUCUCAUAGUUCCAAUUGUGACCCUAGAAGUUGCACAUCAUGAAGUCACACAUCAACACAUCAUCAAAGUUUAAAAAAAAAACAACAAAAACUUAUUGCAAAAAAGGGGAAAAAAGUAUUUAUUGUUGGAAUGAAAAUAUGUAUGUAUUUCUUUUUUUUUCUGAAUGGGCUGGAAGCCUUUCUGAAGUGUCUCAGAGGAAGAGGCAUCCUCCCGUGCUUCCUGUGCAAGGGUAUAUCUAGAUAUCUGGACAUGCUUCUGGCUGCACUGGAAGUGUGCUCUCCUGGAGGUGAAGCCAGGCUGAGGGUGUGCCAUUCCCAGGGCAGAGGGUUAGGGCUGGGUACCGGACGGCAGCACAGUGUUGCACUGUUGUCUUUUAAUUGGCUCUUUUUUUUGUUUGACACUAAUGAGCUCUGGGGGUACAGACCACCAAGCACACAUAUAUUAAUGAGGAGAGUGAAUCUGUGAGUGUCCAGGGCACUGGAAUUAGAAUGAAGAGACUCUGUAAAUGUGUACAGAAGUGUGUGUGUGUGAGUGUGUUCGGCAGUGACUGUGUGUGUGAGUGUUCGGCGGUGACUGUGUGUGUGAGUGUUUGAAUGUGUUCAGCAGUGAGUGCGUGUGUGAACGUGUACAGCAGUGACUGUGUGUGCGUGUGAAUGUGUUCAGCAGUGCGUAAGUGUGUGUCUCUGUGUGUGUGUGUGAAUGUGUGUGCGUGUCUCUGUGUGUGAAUGUGUUCAGCAGUGCGUGUGUGUGUCUCUCUGUGUAUGUGUGUGAAUGUGUUCAGUGGUGCGUGCGUGUGUGUGUCUCUGUGUGUGUGUGAAUGUGUUCAGCAGUGCGUGCGUGUGUUCAGCAGUGCGUGCUUGUGUGUGUGUGUGCGUGUUGGGAGGAUUUUAGGAGUUCCCUGGUGUCGCGGGGGGGAUGAUCCACAGUGGCCUGCCUUUCAUCUGGGUGGUAGACUGCGGACCUGGGCUCAGUUCACAUCACAAUGACAGCAGCAUUGUUUGCUGAAAUUCCAAUUCCAAUUCCAAUACUAUUUUGUUCAAUUACAAUUCCAGUUACGAUGAUGCAAUUACACUGAAAAGUAACAUAAACAGCUCCACACAUUAACAUCAUGUUUGAUUUACUCUAAAUAAGCAGCAAUAAUCACAGGUACAAAUACGCACACUUAGUAUAUAAAACUCAAGGUCACCAGAAGUGGUUGAAAAUACAAGAAUAAUGAUUGAAUGACAAAUAAAUGCACUAUUCAACUAUAAUGGAUCAAUUACGCAAGUGUGCCAAGGUUCAACUGCAUUGUAAUUGCAAUGAAUUGUGAAUUGCACCAUUCCAGUGUAACUGAGUCCAGGUCAGGUAGACUGGUUAUUUGCAUCAACACCUCCAGUACUGACAGCGCCCUGCAAGGCUGACUGCCUGCCUUCCAUUUGCCAAAGUGUGCCUUAAUAAAACCGCAGCAGUCUCAGAAUCAAGAGCAUAGAAACACCCAACAUGGUUCGAGAGCAACACCGCAGCAGGAGCCCUGCGCCAUUGCGUGUGAUCAACGAAUCGCAUUCUACAUGCGCUCAGAACCGGGGCUGUGCAGUGGAGAACAGGGAGGGGGAGUUCAAAUCAGUAAUGGAUUUUUUAUUAUAGUGAUUAUAUUUAUCUUGUUAACUGCAGAAGGGGGAGUUCUUUGCUGUGCUGAAGCUGUUGUUUUCUCGAUGUUGGGGACUGGUAUGGUUGCUGCACUCUUCUGUGUUGUGUGUGAAAUACAGCUGUGCUCCUGUGCUCUGCAAUGAUUAACUUCUUACUGCUGUGCAGUGAAUUGUUUGUUUUAAAAUGACAUGGUUUUGUUUCUAUGGCUUCUUUCACACCUCUGACCUGUUUGUAUGUCCUUCUGCCCCCUGCUCCCCUGUGAGACUCUGCUGUUCAGUCCUCUCCACCACUGAAGGUAGAAGCUCUGUGCUAAAUGAUGGGUGUUCCUUUGCUGGUUGUGUUCAAGUGUACCUGUGGUGGUGUGGCUUUUCUAGGUAGACCUAGCUGCUUCUUUAAGCCCUGUGCUAUCACUGAGGCAUGCUGACAUGCUCACCAAGACAUGCUACAUGGAGUAUCCAGACUGCUUUACAUUUUACAUGAGAGAAUUGUAGGAAAACAAAAAUGACUGUAGCAUGUACACCACUAGUCUUAGAAACUUCAGCGAUAGCCAGAAAGCUCUGUAAGGCUCAUUAAACCACUAACCGCUUCUAAAAAUAAAAAGGUCAAGCAAA